UCCAACAACACUACAAUGAAUGUCUUUUUGCUCCUCAGCCUCUCAGCUCUGGUCUGCUGGGCUUCAGCUGAUAUUCGUUGUCAUUCCUGCUACAAGUUCCCUAUGGUUGGCUGUAUGGAUCGAAAAUCCUGUAAAUUGGCAGAUGGACACCAGUGUAUGACCACAGAUGCUUAUCUAGGUAGGAUGUGGAUUUACUCCAACUAUGACUGUGGUUCAGAGAAAAAACCCUGCAGACCGGGUAUUAACAAGACCAAUGAGAUAACCUACAACACCACUUGCUGCAGUAGAGACUCCUGCAACAGUGCACCCCGUCCUUCUCCAAUGCAGAACCUCAGCUUCCUCAGCCUUUUUGCUGGCCUUGGCAUCUGGCUCCUACACUGAAACUCCCCAGAGUUUGCCCAGCUUCAGAUCCCAUUCUCACUUAAUUCUGUUCUUAGCUCCUUCCUAUCCCUGCUUCCAUUAGAGUCCCUUCCUGCAUUCUAGGGUUGUGGAAAUAGCACUGAAUUUGGAGUGAGAAGUCCUGGUUCUCUUAACAAUGGUGUGUUGUUGGACAAGUUAUUUGGACUCUCAGGGCCUCGGGCUCCUUUGUAAAAGUGAGAGGGCAGGACUAGGUAAUUUCUAACUUUCCCAUCUUUAAAUGCUAUGAUUCAUGUAGUUCCAUUAAUGACCUUUCUUUGGACUCCUUUCUUUCAUGAGUUUUCUAAUUUUUUUCUCAUGGUCAGGGAACUGUAGAAUGUUAAAGCUGUAAUGGCUCUUAGGGAUUAUCUCGAAUCAAGGAAUUCAGGCUAUCCUUUCUUCUAUUAUAGUAUGCCUCCCAGAUCUUCCCCAGUUUCCCAGAAUUGUCUCUCUCCAAUUUCUUACCUCCCCCCUCACCUACCUCCAUUCAUCUACCUAGGACUCUUCCCCACCAGGGUUUCUUCAGGAGGGAAGCUGAAGUCUGGAUCUGAAGUGGGAGUUCUUAUACAGUCCUCAAUAUAGGUUCCAGGAGGCAUGUGAUGACCCUUCUUGGUAGGGUCUGAUUCCCUGAACCCUGGCAACAGGUACUACUCCCUUAACCUCACUCUAGCCCAGCUCCCUUGGAAUAAAUGUCUAUUUCAAA